GACAGCCAGAUCAGUUUCUUGUGCGAAGUAAGACCAAGUUUUAUUUCCUUCUACUUUUGAUCAGUUUCGUUGUCGUCGUCAUCAUCAUACAUGUAAUUUUUUUUUGAACGGCAUCAUACAUGUAAAUAAUACAAGAUUUGUUCCCACUUGACUUCAUUCAUAAACUAUACCCACUUCCCGAUUUGAGUAGUCGAUACGUUCUUUGGUGGUUGUUGAUCUUUUUCUUCAUCGAUUAGGGUUCACUUUGAUUGAUUGGUGCUUGCAAUUAUUCUUCUGUUUGAUUGAUUGCACAAUUUGGAGUUGAUUGAUGGGUGUAGAUCAAACCAAAUCCCCAAUUUGUACAGAUUCUUGGGUUGUUUAAUUGAGUUCAUAAAGAGUGACCAAAUUCAACAAUUCGGGGUUUAUUUGGAUACGUAUAAUUUGUGUUAUCGAUGUCGGGAGUUCAAGAUUCGUUAGAGAUAAAGUUUCGGUUGAUUGAUGGAUCGGAUAUUGGCCCGAAAAGCUUUCCGGCUGCUGCAAGUGUUGCAACAUUGAAAGAAAGCAUUCUGUCUCAAUGGCCUAAAGAAAAGGAGAACGCUCCAAAGACGGUAAAAGAUGUAAAGAUAAUUAGUGCCGGAAAGAUAUUGGAGAACAAUAGAACGGUAGGUGAAUGCCGGAGUCCGUUGUGUGACGUUCCCGGUGGAGUUACAACUAUGCACGUUGUCGUUAGCCAACCACCGCAAGAAAAAGAAAAGAAAGUGUCGAAUGAUCCGAAGCAAAACAAGUGCGUGUGUGUGAUAUUAUGAUGAGACGCAACUCCGAGCGCAACUUUCGUGUCUUCAAAUUGUAGAUAAAAGGAUGAUGCUGCUGUCAACUGAAUGGUUUGGGAUUGAAGUUUACAAAGAAAACAGAAAAAGAAAGAAGAAAAAAUUGUGAGAUAUAUAAAUACAAUUUGUAUCUAUAAAAAUUUGUUUUUCGGGUUCGUGUUUUGCGUAUAUUGUGAAUUCUUAUGUGAAAACGCUUUCGGUCAUCACGUUUGAUGCUUCUUCGGUUGAAAAACCGUGAUUAGAUUUGAAUGAAAACGAAUUAGGGAUUGUUUGUUUUA